GUGGCCCCAGCGCCUGAGGCGAGCGGCGGCGCGCGGGAGUUUGUCCAGUUCUUCGGCUUUGCGGCAACCAGGCCGCGCUCGAUCCCUUCAGACACUUGCCGGCAGCAGGCAUGGCUGGAACCGCCGCGCCGGGCAGCAGGAGGCGGAGCGGGCCCCCGACACCUAGCUCUGGCCCGCUGCCCAGCACCGGGCAUCCUCCGAGCAAGCGGGCCCGCGGCUUCCCCGUGGCCGCAGCCCUGGACCCCGAAGAUCCGUUCGGUCCGCACGGGGAUUUCACCGCGGACGACCUGGAGGAACUCGACACCCUCGCGUCACAGGCCCUGAGCCAAUGCCCGUCCGCUGCUCGGGACGUGUCCAGUGUUUAUAAGGUUCCCAGAUUAGAUGGAAUGUCAAAAAAUCCUGCAGUGAAAAACAGAGAAAGUGUUCCAGUUAAAGCUAAUUUUGAAUUGGAGUUACUUCAAGCACAAUACAAAGAACUUAAAGAAAAGGUACAUGUUGAAACAAGUACAUAUAUAAUUUUCCCUUACAAACUUUUCACAAGAUUGAUUUGGGAUUUACAGAUGAAGGCAAUGGAAGAAGAAGUCCUCAUUAAAAAUGGAGAAAUUAAAAUUUUACGGGACUCACUGCAUCAGACUGAAUCCACUUUAGAGGAACAGAGAAGAUCACAUUUCCUUCUUGAGCAGGAGAAAACUCAAGCACUCAGUGACAAAGAAAAAGAAUUCUCCAAAAAGCUCCAAUCAUUGCAGUCUGAACUGCAGUUUAAAGACGCAGAGAUGAAUGAAUUAAGGACAAAACUUCAAAGCAGUGAGCGAGUCAAUAAACUAGCUGCUCCCUCCACUUCUCACGUCAGUCCUAGGAAAAUAAAGACAGAAGCAUGUUCUCCACAAUUUGGAAAACCAUCUUUUCCUACAAAGGAGUCUUUUAUUGCUAACAUGCCCCUUCCCCACCCCUGCCAGACAGAGCCAGGAUACAAGUCCCCAGUAGGCAGAGAGGUUUCAGAGAAUAAGGCCCUCAGUCUGGGAGGUGCCCCCGGAAAGCAAGAAGAGUCCCAAAAAUAUGUUGUUGACAGCUGGAUGCAAAGAUCAAACACUCAAGGUUCCAUUUUGAUAAACCUUCUCCUGAAGCAGCCUCUGAUCCCAGGCUCAUCCCUAGGUCUGUGCCACCUCCUGAGCAGUUGUUCCGAGGCUCCUCCCAGCACCCUGUUGCAGCCACUGGGGUUGGGCAGUUCCUUGCCUGGGAUUUCAAGCCUGAGGACCACAGUUUCUCAAGAUGGGUCAUGUCCCCUCUCGGCCCUUAGAGAAGCACAGAACCUGGCAUUUACUGGACUGAAUCUGAUUGCCAGGAAUGAAGGCUCAUGUGACAGAGACCCAGCCGAGGGAGGCAGCAGGGCCUUCCCGCUCUGCCAGCUCCCUGGAGCUGUGCACCUCCUCCCCCUGGUACAGUUCUUUAUCAGCUUACACUGCCAGGCUUUGCAGGAUUUGGCAGUAGCCAAGAGAAGUGGGGAGCCUGGGGACACACCGACACAUUCCUCCCGCAGGAGCUCUGGGGUAGAUACCAGCCCCGAGGACUCACUUUGCAAGCUGGAAGGCUUCUCCGUGGCUUCGCUCAGCCUUCUUCAGCACCUGGUGUGCCACAGCGGAGCAGUCACCUGCCUGUUACUGUCACAAGCCGGAGCGGAUUCCGCUGCUGGGGACGGAAACCAGAGCCUAGACUCCCAUGGGGACGCGAGCCCUGCCCCAGGGGGGCUUGCUGGUGACCAAGGCCAGCAUCCACUAUUGAAGAUGCUUCUUCGCCUCUUGGCUUUCUCUUCUGCAGCAACAAAUCACCUUCACGCCAAUGUCGUCAGCCAGUGCCUUAAGGUUUUGGUGAAAUUAGCUGAAAACGCUUCCUAUGAUUGCUUGCCCAGGUUCCAGUGUGUCUUCCCGGUGCUGCCGCCGUGCCUCAGCCCAGAGGCUCCCCUGCCCAGCGUGCUGCUGACAGUGGGGCUCCUGUCCCUGCUCGUGGACCACGAGAAGCUCGCGUCUCAGCUCUGCUCCCACUCAGACGGCUGUCUCCUCCUGCUGUUAUACACGUACAUCACGUCAAGGCCUGACAAAGUGGCCUCGGACACACAGUGGCUUCAACUAGAGCAAGAGGCCGUGUGGCUCCUGGCUAAGCUCGGUGUGCAGAGCCCCUCCUCCCCUAUCACCGGCUCCAACUGCCAGUGCAACGUGGAGGUGGUCAGAGCGCUCACAGCGAUGCUACAUAGACAGUGGCUGACAGUGCGGAGGGAAGGGGGGCCCCCCAGGACUGAGCAGCAGAGGCGGACAGUGCGGUGUCUGCGGGACACGGUCCUGCUGCUGCACGGCCUGUCCCAGAAGGACACGCUGUUCACGGUGCACUGCGUGGAGGCCCUGCACCAGUACGACCAGGUGAUGCCAGGGGUCAGCGUGCUGAUUCGAGGGCUCCCGGACGUGACAGACUGUGAAGAGGCUGCCCUGGAUGACCUCUGUGCCACUGAGACCGACGUGGAUGACCCAGAAAUGGACUGUGGCUGAGGCUGUGAAUUGAGCCACCUGGUGGCACCAGUACCAUUGUUUUCCUCACCUCGUCAACUGAUUAAA